AUGGAGGAAGUAUCAAGUGGUUCUGAAAGUGUUGGCUUAAAUGAAGGCCAUAAUGAGAUUGAAAUAGAGAAGGCAGAAAGUGUAGAAGAUCCUAAAGUAGGAAUGUUGUUUGAUUCCAUUGAUGACCUUUUUCAAUUCUAUCAAAGGUAUGCAAAGGAGAAAGGUUUUGGCAUGUGUAUAAGAAGCUCUAAAAAAGUAGGAGCUGAGGUGAGGUAUGUGACAGUUGCUUGUAAUCACAGUGGAAAGCCAAAGAUUAAAUCAAGCAAACUCCAUCAAUUACAUCCACAAUCAAAAACAGAUUGCAAAGCUAAGAUUCGUGCAAAUCUAUUAGGUGAUGGAAAAUGGAUUUUGAGAUCUAUGGUUCUUGACCAUAAUCAUGGGGCAGGAGGGCAUGAGAAAUUGACAUAUUUAGAGAAGGAUUGCAGGAAUAAUAUGGAUAGGGUUAGACGCAUAGAGCUUGGAGAAGGAGAUGCAAUAGCAAUGCAUAAUUACUUUUUGAAAAUGCAAGCUCACAAUUCUGAAUUCUUUCACAUGAUGGAUUUAGAUGAAGAAGACUGA